GAGACCAGAAGGACUAGAAGACUUUCUAGCACUCCUGAUGAUAAGAGCAGAACUGAAUGGAAAAUAUGGCAAAGAAGCAUAAGAAGUGGCCUCUGGUGCAGUAGUCGCUCUAGCUACCCGGAGGGAUCUCGGUGGUUCCGGGCGGAAGUGAGGCGCGGAGCGGAGCGGAACGGCCUCUGGUGACAUUUUCUCCGGGCGGCGCGGAGGAGAGAAGGGACCCGGCGGCGGCGGUGGUGGCGGCGGUGCCCGUGUUGUCGAGCCUCGGCCCCUGCCUCCUAGCUGCGCUGGGAGUCUGCGUCUGGAAGGAGGAAUUGGUGGCGGGAGCUGCUGCUACUGGGGCCGAGAGAAGUGUCACAGCGGCGGGAGGGAGUCUCAAACCAGCUAGCCAUUCAGUCCGUCCGGGCCCCGGGCCGGGAGAGCCAGGUAGCCGGGGACCGCGAGAGGAGCCACGGCAGAGCGCAGGUCACUUUCCUGUUGAAUCCUUGAUCUAGUUUCCAGUCCCCAGACCUGCCCCAUGAUCUAAAUCUAGGAAAGGCUUGGGAUUUUGAAAUGAAGAUGGAGGAGGCUGUGGGAAAAGUUGAAGAACUUAGCGAGUCUACAGUCCCACCAAAAACUUCUGAAAAACAAGAAACAGUUCAGACAGAAGAUGGACCUAUAGAACUAGAGUCUCAUUCUCAGAAAGAUGGUGUAAGUGAUUCUGCAGUUCUUUCAUCAAUGCCUUGCUUGCUGAUGGAAUUAAGACGGGACUCCUCAGAGUCUCAACUGGCAUCUACAGAAAGCGAUAAACCAACAACUGGUCGAGUUUAUGAGAGUGACUCUUCUAAUCAUUGCAUGCUUUCACCUUCUUCCAGUGGACAUCUAGCAGAUUCAGAUACAUUGUCUUCUGCAGAAGAGAACGAGCCCUCCCAGACAGAAGCUACUGUAGAAGGAGAUCCUUCUGGUGUGUCUGGAUCAGCUGUUGGUCGCAAGUCUAGACGGUCUCGAUCUGAAAGUGAAACAUCAACAAUGGCUGCCAAGAAAAACAGGCAGUCCAGUGAUAAGCAAAAUGGCCGAGUUGCCAAGGUUAAAGGUCAUCGGAGCCAAAAGCACAAAGAAAGAAUCCGGCUACUGAGGCAGAAGCGGGAGCUUGCAGCUCGCAAGAAGUAUAACCUGCUGCAGGACAGCAGUACCAGUGAUAGUGACCUGACCUGUGACUCAAGCACGAGUUCGUCAGAUGAUGACGAAGAAGUUUCAGGGAGCAGCAAGACAGUCACUGCAGAGAUACCAGAUGGACCUUCAGUUGUAGCUCAUUAUGAUAUAUCUGACACCAACUCUGACCCAGAAGUGGUAAAUGUGGACAAUUUAUUGGCGGCUGCAGUAGUUCAAGAACACAGUAAUUCUAUAGGAAGCCAGGACACAGGAGCUACCUGGAGGACCAGCGGGCUUCUAGAGGAACUGAAUGCUGAGGCAGGUCAUUUGGAUCCAGGAUUCCUUACAAGUGACAAAACAACUUCUGGCAAUGCACAACUCAAUGAAGAGAUUAAUAUUGCCUCUUCAGACAGUGAAGUAGAGAUUGUGGGAGUUCAGGAACAUGCAAGGUGUGUACAUCCUAGAGGUGGUGUGAUUCAGAGCGUGUCUUCAUGGAAGGAUGGCUCAGGCUUACAGUAUUUUAGCAGCCGGCAAACACAAUCAUGGACAUCUGUGACUCCCCAGCAGAAUUGGUCUUCGCCCUCGGAAGUAGUUGAUCUUACCUUGGAUGAAGACAGCAGACGCAAAUACCUACUGUAAUACGAUGUCACUGUGUUUCUUCCCCACUGUACCCUUCCUUUUUCUCUUUGGCACAGAAGUUCAUUGUCAUUGCUUCAACUUCAGAAGCUCUGUUUUUGGCAUUUGUGGAAUUGAAACUUGUGGAGAAUUACCCCUAACACUGAGGUUUUAUCUUUUAAAAGUCAUUUAGGAAAAUGAAGGACUCUUUCCCCUCCUUCAUUAGGAAAAUGAGAUAGUGAUGAAUUUUAUGGGAAAAAGAACUGCAGUUAUAUGCGGUGAAUCUGAGGAAAUGCUAUCCAGCUCUGCCUUCCUCACUCCUGAUAGAAUAAUUUUAGUUUAAUUACAAGGUGAAUUUAAACUGGGGUUUUGGAGCCUUGUAUUUUUCUCUCUGUGAGUGAAAUUAUACCCUACAGGGUCAGUUCUUCCUUUACUUCCCACUGGCCCUCUUGCCCCAGGGCAUUUGCACAUUUCUCAGUCAGGUUCUAUUAUUGGCACUCAGUAGGACAUAUGUGUUAACAGCAUGUCCUUUUAAGCAGAAAACAGGAGCAUUACUGUUUCUCUCUUAACUUAGUUUUCUGCUCCCUUUCCUGACUACUCUCCUGACUGGUGACUUGCCACAACUUGAAUGAUUUUGCUCUGAUGUUGUGAUCACAAAUGCUGUUAGGUUGACUUCUGUUGAUUCCUUGUUUGCAAUAACUUUUAAUUCUGAAAAAUGAGAAUUUCUUGACUAGUAGAAACUUCCAGGAUAAUAUUUUUCUGAGGAGGAUUGGUAUCAAUGGAAAAAAAAAAAAUCUCCAUUCUGAUUCCAUUGGUUUUUCUUUUUUUCUAGUCUACUCAAAUAUAACUGGAAAAUAUAUAAAGGUGAAACUGGGAACCCGUUACGUUGGCCUGAAACAGAGACAGCGGCCAAAGUUGGGAGGGCUAUAGUAACUCAUAAGCUUGCAUGGCAUUUGGCAAGAGUGUUAAGUGCCUUCUUUCAUAGCAAGUCUCUCCAUGUAGGGCAUAGCCAAUAAGCGCUAAUUACAAAAACUGAUGCCGAACUGAUGUGUGCUUAGUAUUUUUCUCCUUCCUACCUUUAAAAAAAUAAUAAUAUAUGCCAUAAGAAGCACAUGAUGCAACAUUCUAGAUUUUACAUAAUUAAAAAUAGGGAAAAUUCAGGAAAUGCCAAAGUUGAGGUUUUUGUGGCAUUGUUAAGCUACUUGGUAUCUGGGAUUUAUUUCACUUAUUGUUCACAUCUCUUGAAAGCAAUAGCUUUGUUAACAACACCAUGUACAGAGGUAAGGAAAAGUGAUGUUGCUUUCAUGACCUCCUCACCUUAUGUUUUUCUUAGUCUUUCCUUUUUGAUUUUUUGGUAAUUUACCUGUUGAUAAGCUACUUAACCUGUAGCCCUUAAUGCAUCAGUGGCUGCUGCUUAUCAUAAAAGCAUGCAUGAGAACUGCACAGUCAGAAUAGUCCCCCUGACCCUAUUUGUCCAACAUUAAAAUACUUGUUUUUACUAAAGCAUAGUUUCUUAGUGAAUCAUUUCUACUACUUUUGGGCUCGUAAAUGCUCUCUUCCAUCUGGGAUGUGUUUUUGAUCACAUAUUCUUUGAUCAGCACCUUUCUCUGAUAUUUUUUUAUUUGCUUUUGUUUUCCAUCAGUUCAGAUUCAGGCUUUUGAGGUAAUUCCAGUUUAUGAAGCUUAAUUCUAUCCUGUAUGUGGGCCUCUUGGCAAAACCAAAAACCAAAAAUGAGGCUGAAACAGAAUCAUAUUCCAAUCUGACUGUUAAUGUCCUCAGACUGUUCAUAUUUAAUUUUGGCAUUAUUAAGUACUUUGUGCUAUUAUAAGCUAUUAAUUUACUUAGCUUAAAGUAUUUUGCCAAGCUGAAUGCACAAUUCUUGAUCUGUGUUUUCAAGGAAACCAACUUGAAGAAUAUAGGGUGGGUCAUGCUAUAUCACUUGAAAUUUGUUUAUUCUCUCAGACACCUGUAAAACUCCUUUGAAGUAAAUACUUUACAGAGAAAGUUCUAUUUAAUAAAGUUAUUUCUGUAGUCCUUUAUAAAUGGGCCAUAGAAACAAUAUACUGUUGAACCAUUUACAACAAAUUCUCUGCAUAGCAUUUAAGUAUAUAAUACAUAAUACAUAAGCAUCUGUUUGUGCUUCCUUGGGUGAAGGGGGGAGGGGAGGCUCAUUUGUAUUUUUAUAUAUAUAUAUACACACACACACACACACACACACACACACACACAUAUAUAUAUAGAUGCAUGUAUGUAUGUGUGUAUAUAUAUAUAUAUUUUUUUUUUUUUUAGGUAAGAAAAGGAGAGUUGAACUGACCCUAAGCUCUUUAUACUUUUGUCCUCUCAACAAGUGGUACCUUUUAAAUCUCAUUACCCCUUCCCUCUUUAGACAUCCCAACUGACUAAACUUUCUAAUAGUCUCCAAAACAAAAUGGUAGUGGAGAUAGAGAUCCAGGAAUUAAGAAGAGGAGAGAGAUGAUAAUGUCAUGAACAUUAUAAUCAUUUUUCUACUGUAUUUGGAGCCCAUCUUUUUAUAUACUGAUUCUUCAGAGAUUUUGGGCACCAGUUGUUUCAAUGCUAGCCCCUAAGAACUGGAGAUGUACUUUUAAGCAGUCUUCUGAUUUUUACAAAAUUCCAUGGUGAGAAAGCAAUUUAGAUGGUUUUUGGAAUUUCUUCUUAAGGCAUUCUAUUUAUGUGAAUUUUUCAUUUGGUAGCACAAAAUAUAGGAAAAAUUCCCCAAAGCAAUAGAUCACAGAGACAGUUCUCUUUUCAGAGUUAUCUUUGUGCUAAAUGGUACAGGUAGGCCACAGAUUGGUUUCUAUCCCAACUUAAAAAAUAAAUUAGAAUUUGAACCAAUGACCUAUGUAUUGUAUGAUCAUGCCCUGUAAGAUGUAGUUGCUGCUUUUUGGUAUCUGCUAAUUUUUUUUUUCUUUUUUGCGUUUUAUUUUAUUUGAAGGGGCCAAAUUAAAUGGACCCCCUUUUUUUUGCAGUUGAGCAUCCCAUAAUGCUGGUAUCAUUGUACCAAUUGUGAAUACAAAUCUUUUCCUGAUUUCCUAAUUUAGUAAUGUGCAUCAUUUUUAGCAAGUUAGCACUGUAGGUAACUGAGAGGGAAAACAAUAUGUUAGUUAACCUGCUUUUUCCUAUCUCAUGAGGUGUUUGAGGGAACUGAGGACAUAGUUUAGUCUUUCCUAUUAAAAAUAAAUAAAUAAGCAGAACCCCUAAAUUCCUGUUUUCCAGUAUGUAUAUGAUGUGACUUCCAUGUAUAUAUAAAAACAACUGCGCCCUAACCAAACUUCCUCAGAUUGUGCACUGUUUAUAGUUUAAAAUAAUCACGUAUCUUAGUCUCAUGCUGUUGGGUUUGUUUUCCAUUUUAUUUAAAACACUACAUAUUUCUUAUUCUUUUAACAAAUUUUAAAGGGUAGUGAUCUUUUAAAAAAAACACACCCACAAUCACUGGAUAGUUAGGAAAUGUUAUUGUUUGUUUUUGUUUUAUAUUUUAAAGAGCAAAGGGCAGCAACAAAGCCCUUUUCUUUCCUUCUUUCUUUCUUUCUUUUUUUUUUUUUUUGCUCCUCUCACCAGGAAAGUGAAAUGUUAGCCAUUGUAUGGCUAGGAACCAAUGCACUUGGUGGUUUAACAGAUCUACUGUUGCUGGAGUUUGAACUUGGAACUUGAUGCAGUGAAGACAAAUCAUUGCUUAGAAUUAAUGUUUUAAAAUGUGCAACUCUAGUUUUAAAAGAAAUUUGGUUCUUUACAUUCAUUAUUUAGUUCUUGUUUCCAUCUAGUAUUUAAUGGUCUUUGAGAAAAAAAUAAUAAAACAGAGUGUUAUAUAUAUAUUUUUUGGUGCAAGAUAAGACCUUCUGUUUUUUGAAAUAAGUCUGUAGCAUAAAGGUUAAACUAUUUUAAGACAAAAUAAAAUAGAGUGUAUUUAAACAAUAA